CAGUUGUCGCGUUCACCUGUUGCUGGCUAAGUGCAUCGUGCUCAUCGAACGUGAUGAAAAUCGUACUAUAAGUGUGUUCAGACAAAUUUUCCGGACUGGUAUUGGAGCAGUGCGUAUUCUAGGGUUCGAAGGGGAGACCUUUCUUUUAAAUGAUUUAUAUUGAAAGAUGGUAUCAUCAGGCGUCGUCUGGUGUUUGAAAGACAAUCGCUGGAUCCCUCUGCAACUAUCAUCGAUAAGACUCCACGGAGUACUAACAGAGGCCCAUUGGGCCGCCAUCGCCGAUUUCUUACAAAGAUUCGCAAACAAACAACUCAUCUUGCAAGAGAAUGGCUUCGCCGAACUUACCGAGAAGCACAAGGAGCUUCUAUUCCAGCAGAACACCGCUAACACGGAAGGAAAACUACCAGACUGUAACGUGAUAAACCUAGUGGAUGAUUCUGUUAAAAAUGCGCCUGAAAGAAAAACUAGUUUGGGUCAAAUCCCCGAAGAUAAAGUGGUGGAACAGCCCCGGAGGCCAUCCAUGCCAGAACUUAGAACUAUACGUAGACAAUCGAAUUUAUUUAUUAAUAAUUUAUUACCCGAGGAGACUGAUAGGAAUAAGCAGACUGAUAGACAUAAUCAAAACGACGAAUUAGUUCUUAGAUUGCUCAAAAAGUACUGCCAUUAUAGUAGAGACGCUCUCGAUGACGAAAUCAUCAACGCCUUAGACAAAAUUCCUGAUCCGGAUGACGAAACUAUGAUCAAGCCGAGGAUUCGGAAGACUAGCUACGUGCCCAAAGAAGUCGAAUUAUACGAGAAUUGUCACGAAUUGCGCGAGAAUACACUAGAGAACGAAAGGAACGAACACUUAUUGUGGUGGCUGAACCAACAGAACCGCUGCGAAGAGAGCAUCACCAUACCGUCGACCAGGAAGCUGUCGCAGGCUUCUUCUGGUUUCGAAAGCUUGCCGUCGAGCCGAUGCAGCACUAACAGCAGGAAGAGCAGCGUCGAUUCCGGUAGCUAUUCCGAAAGCGAGGAAAACACCACUCCUUCCGGGCAGUGGCAUCGCGUCAAGUGUCAUCUCAGCUCGAAAAACGAAAAGCGAUUGAAGAAGCAACGCGAAGCUUGGGCCAGGAACAAAAGGAAGCUGAGCGAUCCCACGAACGAUUCUGAAUGUUGUCUUCUCGUCAAUCAACCAUGGUAUUUCCGAAAAAUCAAACGAAUCGAAGCCGAGAAGAAACUCUUACUUCCAGAAAACGAACACGGAGCCUUUUUGAUCAGAGAUUCGGAGAGCAGACAUAACGACUACUCUUUAUCAGUUCGUGAUGGAGACACGGUGAAGCAUUACAGGAUCCGACAGUUGGACGAAGGAGGCUUCUUCAUCGCACGAAGAACAACAUUCAGAACGCUACAAGAAUUAGUAGAACAUUACAGUAAAGACCCCGACGGUCUGUGUGUCAAUCUGUGCAAACCGUGCGUCCAGGUGGAAAAACCUCAGCCAGAGGGCUUAUCUCAUCGCACAAGGGACCAAUGGGAAAUCGAACGCUCCUCUCUGAAAUUCGUGAGGAAAUUGGGCCACGGCCAAUUCGGCGAAGUCUGGGAGGGCAUGUGGAACAACACCACUCCAGUAGCAAUAAAAACUCUAAAACCCGGCACGAUGGACCCCAAAGACUUCCUCGCAGAAGCGCAAAUAAUGAAGAAGCUCAGACAUCCGAAAUUAAUCCAGCUGUACGCGGUGUGCACGGUCGAGGAGCCGAUUUAUAUCAUUACGGAGCUGAUGAGGAACGGAUCGCUGCUGGAGCACUUGCAGGGUAAAGGGAAGAGCUUGAAAUUGCAGCAGUUGAUCGAUAUGGCCGCACAAAUUGCCGCCGGCAUGGCGUAUUUGGAGUCGCAGAAUUACAUACAUAGGGAUCUGGCCGCAAGGAAUGUACUCGUUGCAGAUAAUAACGUCGUGAAGAUCGCCGAUUUUGGUCUCGCCAGGCUUAUAAAGGAGGACGAGUAUGAAGCAAGAGUAGGAGCUCGAUUCCCCAUAAAAUGGACAGCUCCUGAAGCGGCCAAUUACAAUAAGUUCUCGAUAAAAUCAGACGUGUGGUCAUUCGGUAUCCUUCUGACUGAACUUGUUACAUAUGGAAGAAUUCCAUAUCCAGGUAUGACCAAUGCCGAAGUAUUACAUCAAGUAGAACACGGCUACCGCAUGCCAUCACCGCCAGGGUGUCCUGCGCCUUUGUACGAUAUCAUGUUAGAAUGUUGGAAUAGGGAUCCAAUGAAGAGGCCGACUUUCGAAACGUUGCAAUGGAAGCUAGAAGACUUCUUCACUAUGGAAGGUUCAGAAUACAAGGAAGCGUCGGCUUACUGAGGUCACGCCCACCCCCCUUCUGAGUGGUUGUGUAAUUCUAUUGACUUACAUUACCAUUAGUGGGGAGGUGGAUAUCUAUUUCUAUGUAACAAUAGAUAGAUAUGCCCGUACUCUUUACUGUCUUGUCUUGUAGCUUUUAUCAGGGUGAAAUAUUGGUUUGUGAUUUUUUCUUCUUAUCAGAUUUUUAUACCGUACCGCGAAAUUUUUACGUGCGUCACAAACCACUAUUUCACGUUUUAUUUUAGAUAAAUUUCAAAAAUUUGUCUCACUCCCUUUUAUACAAAUGGAUCAUCCAUCAGGGCUAAUUCGCUUCUAGCCCGUCAUGUGUCUAUAUUUAAAAUAUUCUUUAUAUUAAUUUUAUUUUAUGAUAACUUUUAUGUAAUUUUAUACAUUUAAAAACGAUGACAAUUUCUUUCUGAACGAAAUUUCAAAACGCACAACUACAUGUCUGCCAAUUCCACGUAGAUAUUGUCAAGAUGUAUAAUUGUUGCUUGUGCAUAUACCUAAUUCCCUACAGUACUUACGCUUCUGCAUUUAUUUUUUUAAAACGAAUAACAUUCCUUAUAGAGAUGACCGUUUACUGAAUUUUGCUAUUGUUGGCGUACUUUCCCAGAGACCCCAAAAUAAGCCUAGGUACUAAUUAAAUUGGCGUUGUUUUACUAUUGGUUGUUUUAGUCACGUCUUAUUGUCUUCAUUAUUUUAAGAUUGUUAUCAAAGGCAUUGUUUAUACAGUUAUAGGCCAUUAUGAAAAUAUUUUUUGUAUUAUACACUUUAGGGAUAUACAAUAAAAAACUUUAAACUAUUAA